AUGAGAAGACCACGUAAGACAAGCAGAACAACAUCCAAAAUUUUCAACGACAAGAUCAUAACGGACGAUACAGGACAAUUCACAAGUCAAAACAAGAUCGCUGAUGGCAAAGAUAAGAACUACGAUCCAUCUUUGACAUCAGAUUCUUCGACACCAGAUGGUGAAGAGCACAAGACACCCAAAAGCAGCAGAUAUUUGGACAAGGCCAUUAAAAGGCUCCGGUAA